AUUGCUAAUUAGAAGAUUAGCGUCGUCUGCUUUCUUUGUCGUUUGCAAGUGUCGAAAAGGAGCAGAUUUCUAAGAAAAACGGAACGAUCACUGUUUUGGACGUGAUGUACGAAAAUAAAAUGACAAAAACACUUUUUGGGACGUGAUGCACGAAAAUAAAAGGACAAAAAUGUGGUCUUCGUCAUGUCAACUUUCCAUGACGAUGACGUCAUCAUCAGUCAUGCUCUCCACCCCAUGCUGUUUGAUGGCAGGUUACAUAGUGAAAAAAAAAUGGAAUGACUGUGAGCUGAAAUAGAAGAGUUAAACUUGUCUAAAUUUGAGACCUGAGCUAGCCAUCGUAACACCAAAGUUUUGCUUGUGCUGGACCUCCUGUCAUCAGCAACCAUCUGAGUAUCAUCGCUUAGAUAAACAGCAUCCCGUUUAAUUGGAGGAACUUCCAGAGUUCCAGUGUCGACCGAGUUAAGGAUCUCUUCAAUCCCCCUUCCUUUAAAUGUCCUCGUGUACGCCCAUGUGAAUGUGGGUGUAUUCACGAGGACUCCCUUUUACCUAUUCCUCCUGGUGGAUUCAACUUUCUGUGGAUGGAGCAACACUUGUGGAUGCCUGGCCGUAUUUCUCAGGCUUAAAGAUGUUGAAGCACGUUCACCUGAGCCCCUACCGGAGCUCGAUGAUGAGCCAUCACGCAGGAGGAGGAGGAGGUGGUGUUGGCAGCGGAGGCCGGAGCGACACGCUCAGCCUCAAUUCGACGAUGAGCUGCAGCUCGUUGAGCAACCAGGAUCCGCUCUCCAGCCGCUCCUCGUCCUACACCAGUUUGAACGAGUCGUCUCACAAUCUGCCCCAGCAUCCGCCGUCGCCGAUGACAACGGUGAAGAUCUACUGCCGAUGCCUGCGGCCCGACAUUGAAUACAAGACGUUGGUCAUCAACUACCAGACGAGCUGCAAGGAGUUGAUCAUGAUGCUGCUCAACAAGGCCAAGAUGAAGCACCGCGAUCCCAAACUCUUCUACCUCACCAUGGAGGUCGGCGUACGCAAAUCAGGGGCUCCGGUGAGAACUCUAUUGGUGUUGGAUGAUGACGCUUGCCCGGCAGAGCUCCAGGCUUGCUAUCCCAGAGGCGGAUCGAGAUUCUCCAUCCAGAUGAGACGAGGCGGACUCGUCCGAGUUCACGACAGCGUCCUCAUGCCAAAUUCUCAGUACAAAAGUUUGCUGAUAUCGGAGCGGACUACCAUCGAUGAUCUGAUUGAACUUUUGCUGCGUUGUCAUAGCAACAACGAGCGUAUCGAACGCUUUUCCAUCUACGAGGUUUGUAAUAUCCCUGGCUACGAGCACGAACGGAAAUUACAUCCCGACGAUUUGGCGCUGAAUGUUCAAACCGCAUGGAAGACGCGAUUUGAUUGCGGGAACAUUGCCAACAACAGCGCAGGCAUAGCGGCAUCAGCACCCAACGCCAACAUGGCCACCAGCCCCCAAUCCUAUUUUUCUUUCGUGCUGAAGCGCAAUCCCGACAACAGCGCCCAAAUGGCCAGACGAAGGCUUCCAUGGAGUAAGAGUCUGGACAUUUCGACCAGUGAGAGUUCUUCAUCUGCCAGUUCAACUUCGGACGGAUCGGAAACGGCUCUCAUUCCACGCUCCUCCUCUUACCACGAUUACGAAAAUUACUUCUACAUUUGAAGCAACCAAAUUCGGAGAAGAAGAAGAAGAAUAAGCAACAGACAAAAAAUCUAGCUUUAUUACGUGUCGGUGUAAAUGUACAUAUUAAAUUGGGAUAUCGCAUGAUUCUACCAAUACUCAAGUCAAUGUUUGCUGACAAAACACAACCAUAAUCUCAAAGAUGAUGUUUCUAUAUGUGUAACUGGCACCCUAGCUAUAAUCAGCUCUACAAAACAACACACACACACCCUAUAUGUUAUUCGAUGUGCGUCCUCGCGCCCAAAAUUUUGUUGUUGAUGUGUUUUUUUCCCCUACUCGAUUUAUUCGCGUGUGAAAGAGAUACAAAACUCGAUUGGCUCUGGUCGAUCAAUAAGUCAUGCAAGGUCUAGAUAAAUAUGCAAAGACACCGUUACAAAAAUAUCAACAGAAAAAUAAAAAAAAUAAAACAACAGAAAAAAAACAGAAGAGUAUAAAUGUUUAUUAUAUAUGUCGUGCUGAGAAUUAAUAUGUGCGUGUUUAUGUGUCUAUAUUACAUCCUAUCAUCAACGCCAAUAUACAGAUAUAUUAUUCA